GGGACCGUACGACACUUCCGCCCGUCCAGCUCGGCCCGGAACCUGCGCCGCGGGCGCGGACAUGGGGGCUGCCGGCGCGGCCCGGCUGCACGGGCUCUUUGCGACCUACAAGCCCCCCGGGCUGCACUGGAAGCACCUGCGGGAUACGGUGGAGCUGCAGCUUCUGAAGGGUCUCAAUGCUGGGAAGCCUCCUGCCCCUGAGCAGCGUGUUCGCUUUCUGCUGGGCCCUGUGGAAGGCGGCGAAGAGAAGGAGCUGACCCUCACAGCCACCAGUGUGCCCACCCUCACCAACCAUCCGCUGGUACGUGGACCAGCAUUCACCAGCCUGAAGAUUGGCGUGGGACACCGGCUGGAUGCCCAGGCAUCUGGGGUGCUUGUGCUCGGCGUGGGACAGGGACGCAGUCUCCUCACCGACAUGUACCACGCACACCUCACCAAGGAUUACACGGUUCGCGGCCUCCUGGGCAAAGCCACAGAUGACUUCCGCGAGGACGGUCGGCUGGUGGAGAAGACAACAUAUGACCACGUGACCAGAGAGAAACUGGAUCGAAUCCUGGCGGUGAUCCAAGGCUCCCAUCAGAAGGCCCUGGUGACGUACUCCAACCUCGAUCUGCAGACCCAGGAGGCCUACGAGAUGGCCGUGAAAGGCUUGAUCCGGCCCAUGAACAAGUCCCCGAUGCUGAUAACUGGUGUCCGAUGCCUCCACUUUGCGCCUCCAGAAUUCCUCUUAGAGGUGCAGUGCAUGCACGAGACGCAGAAGCAGCUGCGGAGACUGGUGCAUGAAAUCGGCCUGGAGCUGAAGACCACCGCUGUCUGCUCCCACGUGCGGCGCACGCGAGAUGGCUUCUUCACCCUGGAGGAUGCCCUCCUGAGGACCCAGUGGGACCUGCACAGCAUCCAGGAUGCCAUCCAGGUCGCAGCCCCCCGGGUGGCAGCCGAGCUGGAGAAGAACUUGAGGCUGGGGCUGGGCACCCAGCAGCUCCAUGGUCCAGGCUGGCAUGGGGACAACGAGGGGCCAAGCCCUGCCUUGGAAAGCUGGACAGCGGGUGGGUAAAGAUCAGAGUUUUCAUGAGCUGGGACGGACGACUGCAGAGAGAGUAGGGGAAAUUUUGUUACAUGUGACGUGAAACUUCGAAGCUGUAGGAGAAAACACUUGACCCAACUGAAAAGGAAAAACUUUUAUAUGGAGAAAAAGAUGAUACAUGCAUGACAGACUGAUAAAAAUAUUUGCAAUGCUUAAUGAAGAACUGAUAUCCAUAAUAUAGAAGGAGCUCUUAUAAAACAAGAAAAUUGGGCAAAUGA